AUGAAGCUUCUGCUCGUUUUUCUGCUCGUUUUCACUCCGGCUUUCUCGAAAGUUUCGGAGGAAUUCGGAUACGACCAACUUCAAAUGUUCUCCGUUCCAAUGGCUCGUUUCGUGGCCGUUCUCAUGCCACGCGACAAGAAGAGAAAGGUAACAAUGAAGUAGAGAUACCAUUUUCAUGGGAAAUAACUUUAGGAAGUUGUGUACAUGCACAAACGAGGUGGCCGAAUUCAAUGCUCAAACUGGAAAGCUUGGCGAGGAACCGCCAGAUGGAAUCGCAUCUGCCGUCCAGGAUUCGCUCGUUUCGCGGGAUACCCUCUUCUCAACAUGUGA